UCAAGUGAGGCGCGGAUAAUGGGGCGACUCUCAUGGUUGACACAGCGCGGUGACAAGCCUCCGUGGCUGCUCAAAUAUAGGUGUUCGGAGUGGUUCAUUGUUUCAACAGUCAGUUUGGCCGUCUUCACGGAUGCGUUCUUAUACGGUGUGAUUGUUCCGGUGAUACCUUUCGCGAUUCAGAAGAGGAGUCAUGUCGAUGACGCAAGAGUGCAGUAUUGGGUUUCGGUACUCAUUGCCGUCUACGCAGCAGCCCUGCUAUUCUUCUCCCCCAUCUGCGGUUUCCUCGCCGACCGUAUCACAACCUCACGCCGCACUCACCUUCUUCUUGGUCUUCUCGCACUUCUCGGUGCAACUGCCAUGCUGAAUGUUGGCUCAUCUAUCGGGAUUUUGAUUGCUGGGCGUUUACUUCAGGGAACUUCAGCAGCAGUAGUCUGGAUUGUCGGCCUCGCGCUGCUUGCGGACACGAUACCACAAGAGCGUCUUGCGCAGGCAAUGGGGUACGUUGGAAUUGGCAUGUCUGUCGGGAUCUUGAUUGCGCCGUUGCUAGGUGGCGUAGUGUAUGAUCGCGCUGGGUACGAUGCUGUGUAUGGCAUGUCGUAUGCGCUUAUUGGAGUGGACAUUGUACUGCGGCUGUUGUUGGUUGAGAAGAAAGUUGCUGCUAAGUGGAAUGUCGAAAACUCAACUGAAGAGAAGAGUGAGGCUUCUCCCGGAAAUGGAGUUAUGAAUAAAGAUGUUCAAGAUGCUGGGGAACAUGAACAAAGAGCUGCACCGUCUACUACGACCCCGAAUCUCGCCACCGAUCCUGAGAAAGCGGUUAUUCAAGAACCUGUUCCAGAGCAUUCGACACUUCAUGCCAAUCAGCGGCAGAAGCGUCUACGCGAUCGUCUACCACCCGUACUAUCGCUUCUCUAUUCUCGACGUUUGCUUGCCGCCCUCUUCGGAUCCAUUAUCCAAGCUGCAAUCAUGACAGCUUUCGACGCAGUCCUCACAAUUCACGUAGCAAACACAUUCAACUGGACCUCCACCGCCGCGGCGCUUCUCUUCCUCCCAAUGGUGAUCCCGACCUUCAUCGCACCGGUAUUCGGGUGGCUUAGCGAUCGGUUUGGCGGCCGAUACCCUGUCGCCAUUGGUUUCCUUCUCACGUGUCCACCGCUCGUCUGUCUCCGUUUUGUGAACGAGAACACGAUUCAAGACAAAGUGCUCUUGUGUGCGCUUUUGGCUUUGACAGGCUUGUUUCUGGCGAUGACUUAUCCAGCACUGAUGGCGGAGAUCUCAGCCGUGGUAGAGGCAAAAGAAAAGAAGAUGCUUGCUAAUGGCGAGGCAGGUUAUGGUAAAGGCGGCGCGUAUGCUCAAGCUUAUGCUCUUUUCAAUGUGGCGUUUGCUGCGGGAUGUAUGAUUGGCCCGUUGCUCGCUGGGUUCAUUGCACAGGAAAAAGGAUGGGCGACUAUGGGAUGGGUUCUGGGGUUACUGACGGCAAUCACUGCUGUGCCGUCCUUCUUGUGGGUUGGAGGGUCCAUGUUUGUGAACAAUAAAGCGAGAGAUAGUGGAGAAUCAUAG